AUGGGUGCCAUAGAGCAGGUGACGGUGUACGCCGAUGUGCGCGACACACGGCUGCUGGAGCAACUCACCACAGCCGUGCUCGCGCUGUGCAGGAACUGCACCAUCCACCCGCUCCCUGCCUCAGACGCCGCGGACCCACUACUGUUUUUGCACCUUUGGGAGAAGGAAAGGGAUAAUGUUUGGGGGUACGUGAAUAAUAGCGUCCCAAUCAUGCACCGCCUCGAGUGCUUUGUUACAGACUCAAAGAACCAAGCAGACGGGGUUGUGGCGUAUGCGUUGUACUAUCGACAGAUGCCUGUGCUCUCGCUCGCCGCCGCCGUCACUGGCGCCAAGGAGGAAGAGGAGGCGGAGGCGAGCGAGGACUGGGUUACCGCCGCACUCUACUCCACGGCCGCGGGGCUGGGCUGCGCCUCCCCCAGCGAGGCGCUCUCCGCCUUCUUCACCUUCCCGAAACUGGCGGGCAAGGUUGUGGCGCUGGAGGGCGCGUGCGACACGCUUGUGACGGGGCAGGGCCGGCUGUUGCGCGACUACCUGCGCCGUGCGUGGAGCCUGCCGGUGGAGCUGGUAGGAGCCGGUGGCUGUGACUUGCGGGCCUCCGAUCCGGCUGGGGGGGCGCCGGCGGCUGCCAGCGAGGAGGCGGAGCCGGCCGUCUACGCCUCGUUGAUCGAUGAGCUUCUGCGCAACCCCGAGCUGCGCCCCCUCCGCGACGCGGACCCGCAGCUGCACGGGGCCCUGUGCGCACUUAACCGCCACCACAACCUUCGCCUGCUGCGAUACCGGCUGCAGCGCGGCAUUCACGUCCUCCUUUGCCGCCCGCUGUCGUUUGUCCUCGAGUGUCUCUUCCGCGGUGGGGCGGCGCAGGCGACGCCGCCGUCGCGGGACCUGUCGGGCGUUGUGGCUUCCGUCCAACACUUUGAACACCACUGGCUGGGGUUGCCGCGGGCGCAGGUGAUUCUGAUUCGCGAGAGGGAUGCCGCCGCCGCUGCGACCAACGCCUCUCAGACGUGGGAAGAGGCUCUUUUGGGCGAGGGGCAAACGCCCAUCCUCGGCGCGCUCUCGGGUUGGCGCGUCGUGACGGUGGUGGGCGCCGCAGGCGACGGUGGGCGGCCACCGGCUCAACUGGACGACGCGGUGCGUGACGCGGCGAUGUCCGUCUUGGCUCCGGCGGCGGCGGUGGCGGUGGGGCAAAGGCACGAGGGGGAGUGA